CACACGUAGACGAACCUCAAGCAAUCACUUGAACCUUUGCUUAUAUGACUUCUCUUUAAUCCUCUUCCAAAAAAAUCCCAAAUCGAAGAGAAGAAUCAAAACUUCUCUUCCUUUAAAUUCAAAGAUCCUUACAUUUUUCACCUUCUUCCUUCAAAAAUCGAACCUUUAUUCACCAAAUCAUCCUAGUUUCUUCAGAGAGCUUCAAUGGCGACCACAUCUUCAAACCCAUUACUCCUUUCUUCAAAUUUCCUCGGUUCUCGAAUCAUAAUCUCAGCUCCAACACCCAAAACCACCAAAAAGUCUCUUCCUUUCUCAGUCAUCUCUCGAAGAAGAUGUCAAAUUUCUCAAUCGGAGAAGCUGAUGAAGUCGUUGCCAUCACAAGCUGCGUUAGCUGCUCUGUUGUUCUCAUCUGCGUCUCCACAAGCUUUAGCUGUUAACGAGCCGGUUCAGCCACAAGCGCCAGUACCAGCACCGACCAUGACUGUUGAAGCUCAGGCUACAAGUCCGAAUCUUUCGUUUGGUCAGAACGUUUUGAUGACAGCACCGAACCCACAAGCUCAAUCAUCUGAUCUUCCUGAUGGAACUCAGUGGCGAUACAGUGAGUUUCUGAAUGCUGUGAAGAAAGGUAAAGUUGAGAGAGUGAAGUUUAGUAAAGAUGGCUCUGUUCUUCAGCUUACAGCUGUUGAUAACAGACGUGCUUCUGUGAUUGUUCCUAAUGAUCCUGAUUUGAUUGAUAUCUUGGCUAUGAAUGGAGUUGAUAUAUCGGUUUCAGAAGGAGAAUCUGGAAAUGGUUUGUUUGAUUUCAUUGGGAAUUUGCUUUUUCCUUUGUUGGCUUUUGGAGGAUUGUUUUAUCUCUUCAGGGGAGGUCAGGGAGGUGCUGGUGGACCUGGAGGUUUAGGUGGUCCAAUGGAUUUUGGGAGAUCGAAGUCUAAGUUUCAGGAAGUGCCAGAAACUGGGGUAACAUUUGGAGAUGUUGCUGGAGCUGAUCAAGCUAAGCUUGAGUUACAAGAAGUUGUUGAUUUCUUGAAGAAUCCUGAUAAGUAUACAGCUUUAGGUGCUAAGAUUCCUAAAGGGUGUUUGUUGGUUGGUCCACCGGGUACGGGGAAGACGCUUUUGGCUAGAGCUGUGGCUGGAGAAGCUGGAGUGCCGUUCUUUUCUUGUGCUGCUUCGGAGUUUGUUGAGCUUUUUGUUGGUGUGGGUGCGUCUAGAGUUAGGGAUUUGUUUGAGAAGGCGAAGUCGAAAGCUCCUUGCAUUGUGUUUAUUGAUGAGAUUGAUGCUGUUGGUAGGCAAAGAGGAGCUGGGAUGGGAGGUGGAAAUGAUGAGAGGGAACAGACGAUUAAUCAGCUUUUGACUGAGAUGGAUGGAUUUUCUGGUAAUUCUGGUGUCAUUGUGUUGGCUGCAACCAAUAGACCUGAUGUUCUUGACUCCGCAUUGUUGAGACCUGGUAGAUUUGACAGACAAGUCACAGUAGAUAGGCCUGAUGUAGCUGGAAGAGUCAAGAUCCUUCAGGUGCAUUCUCGAGGGAAGGCUAUUGGAAAGGAUGUGGAUUACGAGAAGGUUGCUAGGAGAACUCCGGGUUUUACUGGAGCGGAUUUGCAGAACCUGAUGAAUGAGGCUGCAAUUCUUGCUGCUAGACGUGAGCUAAAGGAGAUAAGCAAGGAUGAAAUAUCUGAUGCUCUUGAGAGGAUCAUUGCUGGCCCUGAGAAGAAGAAUGCCGUUGUCUCGGAGGAGAAGAAAAGACUUGUUGCUUAUCAUGAGGCUGGGCAUGCUUUAGUUGGUGCACUUAUGCCGGAGUAUGAUCCAGUAGCCAAGAUAUCGAUUAUUCCCCGUGGCCAAGCUGGUGGUCUCACCUUUUUCGCCCCUAGCGAAGAGAGACUUGAGUCUGGAUUGUAUAGCAGAAGUUACCUUGAGAACCAAAUGGCUGUUGCACUUGGUGGAAGGGUUGCAGAGGAGGUGAUCUUUGGAACCGAGAAUGUUACAACCGGAGCAUCAAAUGAUUUCAUGCAAGUGUCGCGAGUGGCUCGCCAAAUGGUUGAGAGAUUCGGGUUCAGCAAAAAGAUUGGACAAGUUGCAGUUGGUGGAGCAGGAGGAAACCCUUUCUUGGGCCAAAGUAUGUCUUCGCAGAAGGAUUACUCAAUGGCAACAGCGGAUGUAGUUGAUGCGGAAGUGAGAGAGUUGGUGGAGAAGGCAUACGCAAGGGCAACAGAGAUCAUAACAACACAAAUUGAUAUCUUACACAAGCUUGCACAACUCCUGAUGGAAAAAGAAACUGUGGAUGGAGAAGAGUUCAUGAGUCUUUUCAUUGAUGGGCAAGCUGAGUUGUAUGUUUCUUAAGUCAACAACAUUGGUUUGUAAUGAUACAAAUUAGCUUCAAUCAUCUAUACAUACUGUAUGUUAAUAUACAUUGACUUGUUCAGAGACGUUUCUUUCUCUUA